CCUCGCCCUACGGCCAAAUUGGGCUAGGCUGCCACGUCGAAUUUCGGCCACGCUCUGGCCUCCUCGUUCCUCCUAAGGCAAAGCUAGCCCUCUUCGCUACGCCGGUCCACGCCACCCUAUGGCGGCUUGUCUUGUUGGCCAUUGCACGUUCCCGCCCCCGCCAUAGCAGCGCCUUGCGUUGAGAUUCGCGCGCGCUCUUGUCUUGUUGGCCAUUGCCGCCGUAGUAGGCUCAUGGCAAUGCGCAUGGCAGCGGGAAGAGCCUGUGGCGCUUGGAGCGCGCAGCGCAUGCUGCUCCCCCGCCAGCGCGUCGACUUCAUCCGGCUGUGUCCCGGCGUCGCCGCCGCGGCGACGGUACGGUUCGGCGCUCGCCGCGCCCUCGGGAGCAGAGUGAUCCUCUGCCUCGCGUCGGGAGGCGGUCGUCCGCGGGACGACGACGGCGAGUUCGAGCCCGCGGACUCGCCGUUGGAUUCGGACGGGCGGAAGGUCGACGAGGGCAUGGCCACGCUGUGGCGGCGCAUCCGCGAGGUGGAGGCGGCAUCAGCAGACGAGGAGGACGAGGAAGAUCCAGAGUACGAGGGUGGCGUCGACGUCUUCGCGCCCCCGGCUGAGUGGACGGAGCUGGAGCGUCGGCAUUACGUGCUGUACGUUGCCGCCCUGCGCGAGGCACUCGGCGCCCUGUUCGCAUUGCUGGCGCGCGAGCGGCCGGCGUUCGGCGCGGCGGUCGUGGCGCUGGUGCUGCUCAGCGUGCCGGCCUCGGUGCCCCACGUCUCCGCGGAGCUGAUCCGGGCCGUGUACUCCAUCUUGGCCGCCGUGCACAACGGUACAAUAUAG